AUGUUGCUGAGGGGCAGCCCCCGGCGGUUUCUGGAGCACCAUCUUCUCUUUGUGGAGAACGCAGAGCAGCAGUACCCAGCUCGGGAGUCGCUCCCGAAUCCAUUCAUGACUGAGGAACCCUCUGUCCCUGCCGAGCCAGACCUGCCUUCCUCCAACCACACCAACGCGACGGACUGCGGCGAGGAGAUCCUGCUCUAUGGGGACACUGAGAAGAUUGUCAUUGGAGCUGUGCUCUCCAUUAUCAUCCUCAUGACCAUCGCAGGCAACGGUCUGGUCAUCAUCUCUGUCUGCAUUGUCAAGAAGCUCCGGCAGCCAUCCAACUACCUGGUGGUGUCCCUCGCUGCCGCUGACCUUUCGGUGGCCUUCGCUGUCAUGCCCUUUGUGACCAUCACGGACCUGGUGGGGGGAGAGUGGCUCUUUGGGAAGGUGUUUUGCAACGUGUUCAUCGCCAUGGAUGUCAUGUGCUGCACUGCCUCCAUCAUGACCCUGUGCAUCAUCAGCGUGGACAGGUACCUGGGGAUCACUCGUCCGCUGACGUAUCCCGUGAGACAAAACGGGAAGCUGAUGGCCAAGAUGGUCUUCAUCGUUUGGCUCCUGUCCGCCUCCAUCACGCUUCCUCCUCUUUUUGGCUGGGCUAAGAACGUCACCGUGGAAAGAGUCUGCCUGAUCAGCCAGGACUUUGGGUACACGGUCUAUUCCACAGGGGUCGCCUUCUACAUCCCUAUGGCGGUCAUGCUCGUCAUGUACAGCCGGAUCUACAAAGCUGCCAAGGUGAGCGCUGAGAAGCACCGCUUUAUGAACUUCUCCAAGCACUAUGAAGAGGAGGGUGUCUACUGCCUGGAGGCCUCCAGCCGCGGCCAUCCCAGCUCCAAGCGCACCAAGGCGGUGGAGGAAUGUGCCACUCUCUCCAAACUGCUCCGGCAAGACCGGAAGAAUAUUUCCAUCUUCAAACGGGAACAAAAAGCAGCCAGGACCCUUGGUAUAAUCGUGGGGGCUUUUACAUUUUGUUGGCUGCCUUUCUUCCUUAUGUCAACGGCUCGGCCUUUUAUCUGUGGUAUACACUGCAGCUGCCUGCCCCUGAGGCUGGAGAGGACUCUGCUCUGGUUGGGAUACACCAACUCCCUCAUCAAUCCCUUAAUUUAUGCUUUCUUUAACCGAGACUUGAGGACUACCUUCUGGAACCUUCUGAGGUGCAGGUACAGGAAUAUCAACAGGAGACUUUCUGCCGCCAGCAUGCACGAGGCCCUGAAAGCCACAGAGAGACACGAAUGCAUCCUGUAG